CACUUGCAACAUAGACUAUUUGUCGAAAGUACGCGUACCAUGAAGUAUUUAAUCAUCGCCUUGGUGGUGGCCAUAUUUGGUUUGGCCACUGCAACGUCUGCGGACUCUAAAGUACGUUACGACAAUCAUCACGUCUAUCAAUUGCAGCCACAAACCAAACAACAAUUGGAGGUGCUUAAGCAAUUGGAGGGUGCUCGUGACUCUUACAUUUUCUUGGAUGGCGUACACUAUUUGAACUCAAAGAUUCAUGUUGUGGUUGCUCCCCAAAGUGUGCCAAAAUUCGUGCUAGCCUUGGUAAAGAACUCAGUUCCCUACACUUUAGUGGACACUAAUGCUCAAGCUUCGUUGGAAGAUGAUGUUGUGGCUGAUCCCAAGAGACGUACCGGCGACUAUACCUGGGAGGAAUACCAUGAAUUGAAUGACACCUACAAUUGGUUAAACACUUUGGCUGCCAAAUACCCCAAAGUAGUAUCAUUGUUUGUAGCUGGUAAAACUUAUGAAGGACGUGAUAUUUUGGGUGUUAAGAUCUCGUAUGGUCCUGGCAAAAAGGGUAUCUUUUUGGAGGGCGGUAUGCAUGCUCGUGAAUGGAUUGGCCCGGCCACUACUACCUACAUUACCAACGAAUUGCUGACCAGUGAGAAUAAGGAAGUACGCAUGAUUGCUGAAAGUUUCGAUUGGUAUAUUAUUCCUCAUGCCAAUCCUGAUGGUUAUGUGUAUACCCAUACUACCAAUCGUUUGUGGCGUAAGACUCGUACUCCUUAUGGUGAUUGUUUCGGUGCUGAUCCCAAUCGUAACUGGGGCUUCCACUGGAAUGAGAUUGGUGCCUCUGAUAAUCCCUGCACUGAUACUUAUGCUGGUCCUUCGGCUUUCUCCGAAAUUGAAACCAAAUCAUUGUCUGACUAUCUGGCCACCACUUUGAAGGACAAAAUCUUUUUGUAUGUCUCCUUCCAUUCCUAUUCGCAAUUGCUGUUGUUCCCCUAUGGUCACACUGGGGAAUUGCCACCAAACUACGCUGACUUGAAGCGUGUGUUCGAUGUUGCCAUCGAUGUUAUGUCUCAACGUUAUGGCACCAAGUAUACUGGUGGCAAUAUUUAUGAUGCCAUCUAUCCUGCUGCUGGCGCUAGUGUCGAUUGGGCUUAUGGUACUCAGGAUGUUAAAUACGCUUACUGCUAUGAAUUGCGUCCUUCCUCGACUGCUUUCUGGACUGGUUUCAAAUUGCCUGCUUCUCAAAUUAUUCCCACCGGUGAAGAGACUAUGGAUUCUUUAAUGGCCAUGAUCAAGGAAGCUGGUAUUACAAAGUUCAUGUAAACAGUUUAUUUUAAAUAAAAACGA